AUUAAUAAUAAUAUAUUUAAUAUAAUGGACCCUUAAUUCUUAAUUGAUAAUUUAAACGAUAUCUUACUGAGCGAUUUCUAUACUUAUAUUGAAGUCUUAGGAAGAGGAAGUUUUGGAAUUGUUGUUGCAGCUUCAAGUUAAUAAUUAGACAAAGUGGUGGCUAUCAAAGUAUUGACUCAUCAAACACUAGAUUACUCCAUACUUAGAUUAAGAGAAUGAGUCAUCCCUAUUGUAAGAAUGUUCUCAUCCAAAUAUAGUAAAAUUAUACAAGGUUAGUAUUAUUACUUAUGUGCUUUCAGGUUCUAGUAGCAAAUAAUUUUAUCUACCUAAUUAUGGAAAAAUUGACAGGAACUACACUAGAUGUAAUUUUAAAAGAGCAAAUACUUGAUGAACUUAAAAUAAGAAAUGUUAUGUUAUAAGUAUUAAAUGCGUUAGCCUUUUUACAUCGUAAAGGAAUCAUACAUCGAGAUUUAAAGCCUGGUAAUAUUGAAUAAUUAAAAUAAGAGAACAUUUUUAUUUCAAAUGGGAAUCAUGUUAAAUUAAUUGACUUAGGGUUAGGAUACUAAAUAGUUUGUAGAGGAGUAAUAGGAUAAUAGGUGGGGACUCCGUAUUAUAUUGCACCAGAAUUGAUUAAUGGUUGCGAAUAAACUCAAGUAUUAAAUGGAAAUAUAAGUAAAGGCAUUGGAUAUCUUUUCUUUGGGGAUUAUAUUUUAUUAGAUGAUGUGUAAUAACAAACAUCCAAUUUGGAUAGAUGGAUAAACUAAGAAGGACUAUUACAAAACUUUAUCUAGUGAAUUUUAAAUAAAAUAUCCUCCCUAACUUUCUGAGUAUAAAUGAUUGAUAUAUAAAAGAAUGGCUCAGGAUUUCCUUAAAAACACUCUUACACAUAGUCCAAUUGAUAGGAUGUCAGCUGAAUAAUGUUUAGAGCAUCCAUGGUUAUUAGGUGAGGAAAGGAAGUCUCAUCCAAUAACCAAUAAAGAAAUUAUACAAAGAUAUAAUUUUAUAUAAAAAUUUUAAUUAGUAUUUUUAAUUGAUUAACAUAUUAGAUAGUGAAAGCAUUGUAAAUGACUAAGAUAUUUAAAUAAUAAUGUCAUGAAGAAAUGUAUUAUUUAAAAUCUUAAAACUCUGAUGAAAUUAAUGAGAUUUAUCUUAAUGAUUCUGCUCCUAAAACUUAAAGAGUUUAUACAGAUACGCAUAUUAAUUUGCGUCCUUAGAAAACAUACUAUAAACCUUAAAGUUUGAAGACUAUUUAAUUAACAAAAGUGACAUCCUCAUAAGAUUUGUUAUCUACUAAUAAUAAAUUGAUUAAUUCUAAUAGAUGUUAUAGUAAGCAAUAAUUACAUAUAUAUAAUUUUAGAUUAUCCAUCUAGAUAUAAAACUUCAUUAGAUAUACAAUUACCAAAAGUAAGUAGUUAGAAAAGAAUUCAUUUAUAAUUACCUUCAAUCUCUCCUUAUUAAACUAGAUAAUCUAGCUUCAUUUUUAGACAAUCAUGAUUUCUUUUUUUGUAUAUAAAUUUAACAUAUUUUUAUUAUUAAAUAUGGAUAAUUAAUUUUAUAAUUAAGACUAAUUAGCAUUUGGUUAAGUUCAACCAAUAUCUGAUUUAUAGCCAUCAAAAGCAAUUAAAUUUGAGAAUGUAUUUAAAAGUAUUUUAAAUAUUAUAGGUACCUUAAAAAUAAAAUAAAUAACAAUCUAAUGUAAAAUUUAAAGAAGCUUCAAAAAUGGUAAAAUAAUAAAAAAUAGAUUCUGUAUAAAAGAUUCGUCCAUCAAGUGCAUAAAAACCAGAAAAGUUUAAACCUUCUUGGAAUGAUAAAGUUGAAUCUAAACCAAAGACAUUUGAUAAUUUGAAGAAGAAUGAAAUAUUCAAAAUUGAAACUAAAUUGUAAAAAGAAAAGAUUGAGAGAGAAAAAGAUAAUAAAAGAAGAUAAUUAGAAAAUCCACCUGCUGCUGCAAUUAAAUCUUAUGCAACAAUAAAAGAUAUUGAAUAAGCAAUUAAUGAUUGUAAUUAUUGUUAUUUGAAUUAGAGUAAUAUAAAAAAGAUGUUUCUGAUAUGAAAAAAUAAAAGAGAGAAUUAGAAUAAUUGUAAUGGAUGAUAGAUUAAGAAAAUAAAUUAAAGGCUGAAUAAAAUAAAUAAUUUGAAGAGAAAUUAAGAUAGUUAAAAACACAAUAACAUCCUGAUUUAGCUUAAGAUAUUAUGAAUGCUAAGAAAAAGGGAAUGUAAAAUAAAGAAUCUCCAUAUAAAACAAAGGAAUAAAAGAAAUAAGAUAAAAAAAAGGAGAUAUAAAAAAAUGUUGAUGAUAUCUAUAUUGAACCUUAAUAAAAUAAAUAUCCAAUUUGGAAAGAUGGAAUAAAUUUAAUUCAUUAUGAAUCUAAAAAGCCUUUAUUACCUGGAGAAUAUGAUUAAAAUGAUUUAGAUUUAGUACCUUAAAAGUAAUCAGCUUAACAAUAACUAUAAUAAGUAAGGAUAGAUGAUAAUAAAUUAAAAAAUGAAUUAGUGGAAAUAUAAAAAAGAGAAUUACAAAGAUAACAUGAAUUAGAUGCAUUAAUAGAUAAACAUUAACAAUUAUUAAGAUCUGAAUCUUAGAAUCCAAAUAAAUAUUAUAAAGAGAUAAAUGAAAAACUGGAUAAAAUUAAAGGGAAAGUAGAUCCUUUAGUAAAGAAAAUUGAUAAUAUGUAAAUAGAAUAUCCAUUUACAGGACAUUUAUUAGCAAGAGGUGUAUCUAAAAUGAUAUAGUUACAUUCUGAAAGAUUAAGUGAAUUAUUAAUAGAUGAUUUAUUAUUUGAAAUGGUAGAUAUUUUGGAUAGUUUGGAAAUGAAAAAGAAAGAAGAAGAGAGAUAAAGAUAUGAAUAAAUGGCUUUAUGUGAUUAUAUAGAGGCUAUCAAAGAUAUAGCAUUAGAUUAAGACAAAGUUGAAUAGAAUUUCUAAUAAACAAGAUAGUAAUUUAUGAGAGAUAGUAUUUAUUAAUUUUUAUAUCUAUAAAUAGCAAGACUUGAUUAAUAUGUACCUGUUGAAUAAUUGGGAAGAGAUUAAUAGUUUUAUGUAAAUCCUAUGGACCGUUUAAGAUCUAUAGAAUUGUCAAGUGGAUUUAUCAUUAAGAUUAUGGAAGAUAGGAAAAAAAGAAUUUAGUAUAUUACUUAAGAUAAAUAGUAUUAUCCUAAGAAUCUAGAGUAAUUUGAUCUAGUAUUAUUAUUAUUUAAUUAGAUAAGAUAACUGAAACUAUACUUGAAGAGAUGAUUUGGGAACGAGCAGCUGCAUUAUAUUAAAGUAGUGAUGAAAUGGCAGAAUAAAUAUUUAUUAAUGAAUUCAAAUGA